AUGUCGGACAUCGACUCAACCGCUGGCUCGCCGCCGCAAACUCUCCACGAGGAGGACGUGAACGACAGACCGAAGGAUCUUGGAGACUACGAUGUAGCAGCGGCCGAUGAUUCAGACAAGGACUCGGAUGCCCUAUCCGAAAUCGACGAGGACCAGUUCGAUGAUUACGACCCUACAGCCGCGCGAAUCGAGGAGAAGCCUGUCGAGAUUGAUGAGGACGUGGCCCGUACACUCAAGGCAGGAAGGCGCAAGGGCCAGGCAGUCAAGAAGCCCAAGGAGGGCAGGCGUGACAAGAAACGCACGCGCGACCGGGACGAUGACAAUGAUGGCGCUGACGGAGAGAUUCUGACUGGCAAGAGGGUUCGCAAGUCUGCUCUUGACAGUCGCAAACCCUCGCCCGAGCCAGAGAACGAAGAGAACCUGACCCCCGAGGAGAGACGAAGACGAGCGAUCGAGAGAGCAUCAAGAAAAGAGACCAAGAAGCCGGGCAAGAGGCGCAAUAAAAAGGACGACGUGGAUCUCGAGGAAGAACUCGACGAGCAAAUUGCCGAUCUGAAGAUGCGCAUGGAAAUGGCUUGCCGAGCCGACAAUGGUGCCCGUGAAUCCGGCCAGCCCGCCAUCCACAAGUUGAAGCUACUUCCCGAAGUCAUGGCCCUCUUGAACCGCAACAACCACCAAGCCGCUGUCGUGGACCCUGACGCCAACUUCCUCCAGCACGUCAAAUUCUUCCUCGAGCCGCUCAACGACGGCUCCAUGCCGGCAUACAAUAUCCAGCGCGACAUAUUCACAGCACUGAGUCGGCUGCCCAUUGAGAAGGAGACGCUGCGCGCGAGUGGCAUCGGCAAGGUUGUGCUGUUCUACACCAAGAGCAAGAGGCCCGAGGUGGGUAUCAAACGCAUGGCUGAGCGACUGUUGGGCGAAUGGAGCAGGCCAAUCCUCCGCCGGACCGAUGACUACAAGAAGCGCCACGUAGAGACGCGUGAUUUUGAUUACCAAGCAGCGAAACUCCGCCAAGCUGCUGGUUCUUCACAACUUACACUCACCCAACGUCCGGCGGCGUCCCAGCAAGACAUUGAGCGCGCUCGCAUCUUGGCUCCCAAGAUUGUCAGCAACCGUGCCCGCGUAGAGGGACUGCCGUCGAGCUACAGUAUCGCGCCGAAGAGUACAUUCGACCCGACCCGCGGGCCCGAUCACCGGCCCAUUGGCGCCACCGGCCAUGAGGCUUUCCGCAAGAUGACCCAGAAGGGAAAGAAGAAGGCUUAG